GCUUUCAUAUGAUAGAAGUUUGGUCGUUGUCUUGCUUCUCGUGUAAAAUAUUCUGAAAUUUUUAAAAUUGUUAUUGUUAAUUGUUCAAUUUAUGAUUUUACGCAAUGUUACAUUAGUAGUAUUUACUAGAAGAUUGAAUUUUGUCAUUUCAUCCUGAGAAAUCGGUAUAAAAUCGCAAUCAUUAAUCCACGUCGUCAUGGAGGUCGGGGCGUUGGUUUCCUUUCACGUUGAAAAUGGACGUUAGGACGGUUUUUUGAUCGUCAAUAUUAUUCCAAUUGUGUAUAUAAGUAGAAGCUACGUUGUUUAAAAACUUUUUGUCUUAUUAUGGACUGUAUCUUUUCUUCAGUGUAAUAAUCAGAAGUUCGAAAAUGCCCCGAAUUGAUCCUGUUCAACUUUUGAAUUGCUUGCAAGUAUUGUUAACCCCCGCCGGUGGCAUUUUGUCUAAAAAUGAGGUGCAACGGCUGGCAAGCUUGAUGAAGAAAUUCUCAAAAAAGUUGGUUAGCAAGUGUGUGUACGUGUUAAUUUUAAAGAAUACUGAAACUACUCUACUAGAGCAAUUUAUGGCAGCCGAUGGUUGGGCUUUGAUACAUACGUGGUUGGAAGAUGGUAUUUAUUCCAUGAAUUGGGCCCUCGCCAAAGAGAUUUUGGAGCUGCUACUAAUUACACCCGUUAAUGUUGAUCGUUUGAAGUCAAACACACUUCCGAAGUUUGUGAAGACUUUGUCCAAACAAGAGGAUCUCGAGGGCGUAUACGAAUUGGCAAACCAGCUGGUUCAGAAAUGGCUGAAGAUUGUGAAAGACGAAACACAGUCUGAAAAUGUGGCACAGCAGAAAGCGGCAGAGCUAUCUACCGAAGUCGCGGUGGAAGAGGAAGCUGUUUCAAUGGAACACACAAGCCCUGAUGAUAAUACGGGAGAAAAUGAGGAAUCGGACUCGGGUGCAGGGCCUCAGACGUUUUAUAAGUUGACGCUUAAAGAUGGAAAACAUCUUAUUUCGAAGGUUGGAUCUAAUGAUAGCAACUUUCAAGUUUUGGAGAAUGUAGAAGUGGUUGAAAUGAAGGAUGACGAUGAUGUUAAAGAAAAGAAGGACGAGAAGAAAAAGCCUCACGAUAAAAGCCGACAUAAGUCCAGUUCGAGUUCCAAAAGCAGCAGUAGUUCUAAUAGUAGGGAGAAAUCAAAAAGUUCUCAUAGGGAUAAAAGUAGGCCUAGUAGUUCUAGUAGUAGUAAAGAUAAAGAUAAACUUAAGAGUAGGGACAAGCAUAAAGAUGAUAAAAGUAAAAAUAGGCAUCGGAGCAACGGCUCUGUUAGUAAUAGCAGUAGCAAAAGCUCUAGCAAUAGUAGUAGUAGUAGUAAAGAUAGGGAGAAGGAGAAGAGAGAGAACAAAGAAAAGCAGACUGAAAAAGAUAAAGAUACUCUAAGCAAAAUACAACCUCAAAAUGUACAAAAGUUGCCAAAAAUUCCUAAAAAAGUGUCCGAUGAUAAAGAUAAAUCUAAAGAAAGCAAAAAAGAUGAUCCAAAAAGAGGAACCAUGUCAGUAGAGGUACGCAAGACCAAUGAGGAAAGGCCGAAAACUGUAAAGGUCUACAAAUCAAAGAUGCGCUCAACGGGUCUGGAAGAAGAAGCAAAGCCUGCUCCACCGAGGACUACCAAGAAACCUUCCGUUCCUACUGUGAUACCACCACCAGUAAUUCCCACAUUGAAGAGGCCAUCGCCCAUUCGUGAUAUUUCCGCCGUACCUCCCGAAAAGAAACCAAAAGUGGAACCGCCCCUUGAAAGGCCUGGUGCUAUUAAAUUAAUACCACCAAAACCCAAACCGCCUGUUCUGCAAGAAAGCGAUAUGUUUAUGGACGCGUUAACGGCGUCGGCUACUACAAAGAAAGAGCCCAAAAAACGAAAGAGGCGCGCGAGUGUCUCAAAAGAUUCAAGUGGAACGUCACCCCCCCACUCCCCAACAACUCAAAAUGGUGCACCUCCCAAUAUCGGGCUUAAAAAUCUUUCCCCUCCCAAAUUUUAUCAAGACACUUUGGAAACUGAAGAGCGCAAAACGGAAACGGCCGAAAAAGGGGCAACUGGCGCAAACGAAAGUGCGUCGCCCGAAAUUUCUACUGUUACUGACAGUGCCAGAGUUCCUACUCCCGUCGAUAAUACUGCCAUGGAGGAUCAAGAAGACGAGCCAAUAACCAAAACACACAAUGGCCUGAAAGGGGUGUUGGUGUAUGUUCGGCGAAAAGGGCCGAAGAAGUCGAUCAAAUGGAAGCCAGAUACAGAAUUGGUUGACAUACAGUACUUUGAGUUAGACGAGACCGAACGCGUAAAUGUAACGAAAACAUUUGGUGACAUGGCAAAAAUGGACCUCCGGAGCGAACGCGAAGCUCUACAGUUAUCGCGAAAACUCCCAAACGAGGACGUCAUGGACGUUCAGACCGUUUGGAAAAUUCCCUACGAAGUGGAUUUACCCGAUCACUUAGCGGAGCCGGGCUGUAAAAGUUCGGAAAAAGACAUUCAAUUUGCUCGUGAAAAAAGUGUACUGCAAUCAUUGUAUUUUAAUAAAAAAAUGUUACCAGAGUCCCCUGGUGAACCCGACAUUGAGAAUCAUCAAGUUAAAGACCCCGUUAUUAUACCCAUUGAGGCAGCCGACAACCCCGAUCGCGAUUUCCGGGAGACACCUUGGCCCGAACCGAAAGGUUCCCCACCUCUCCCGGCCAUUCCAAAUAAUUUGCCGCAGAUGUUUCCGGCGGUGCAGGCCCCUUUUCAAAAUUUCCCCAUGGCGGCGCCCGCCAACUUUCAAAAUAUGCAAAAUAUUGCGAACGUACAGCCCUUUCAACGUCCCCCAUUCUUGCAACAGAAUAUGCCGGUGGGCGGGGUAGAGUGGAACAUGCCCAACAUGCACAAUCCGCAAAUGAUCGGAAGGAAUAUGCCCCCCGAAAUAAUGAAUCAAGCACAGAUCAACCCCAACAUCUUUAUCCCUCCUCAAGAAAACUUUAAUCCCAUGAUUAAUGAAAACGAGCACCGGUUUCAGCCUCCUUUCAAUCAGCAGGGCCAAGGAAUGUUUCCACCAAAUAACUUCAACUCUAACAGAGGCGGUCAUGGUGGUUUUCGAAGAGGUGGCAGAGGCGGAGAUGGCCCGUGGCUUCGGAUGAAUGGCCCUCCUCCAAACAAUUGGAAUAAUGGAAGAGGCAACAGGGGAGGUGGGCGUAUUUGUCAUCAUUACAGAAACAAAGGCUUCUGUAAAAAUAGAGAAAACUGCCAGUUUUAUCACCCGAACAAUUAAAGGAGGUGCCCACUUCUACUAAUACAAUGUGAUAUGUGAUAAUUAUUAUAAACUAUUGCGUUUAAUCGUUUUGUUUUAAAAAACGUGCAAUUAUAAAAUCUAUUUUAACAAUUUUUUACUUUAAAUAGGUAAAUAUGUAUAUAUGUAAAAAAUGAUCGCUCUUCAUUUAAGUACUCAUGGAGCAAGUUUAAUAAUAAUGACAUUUUUCUUACUAUAUGCAGACCAUUUCCCAUUGUUACACUGUUGUGAUUGAGUUUCCCAGGUUGUUAUUGUAAAUAUAGAAUCUUAAUUUAUUUUUUUUUGUACAUAUGGUUGUUAAAUAAUAUGAAAUUGAUAGUAAUGGGA